AGGGUUUUGAGGUGCUCGUGCCGUCCAGUGGUGGCACAAGAAGGGCAUACUGUGGUUUCUGCUGUGCUUCCUUGCCAGCCCAUUCAGUGUAGCGGAGCUGGGUCUGUUGGCCACCACCCUUCUCCUGCUGUGUGCAUUCGUGCUGACGGUCCUGAACCGUCACCGAAGUGCUCUGUGUUUCAUGGUUACUACGCUGCUCACCACACCUCGGUACAGCUUACCAGCAAGUUAUUCGUUGUCUGAUGAGCAACUUAUACAUGUGUUUGUGUCAAUAAAACAACUGUCCUCUAGUCCGCCAGUUAAUUUAAAUGUUAAAGUAAAUUCCAAAGACUUGGAGUUUGAAGUUGAUAUUGGGGCUAGUGUUACUGUGAUUCCACUUAGUUGUUUUAAACGUUUGUUUCCAAGUAGUAUUGUUAGUCAAUCUAACUUAGUUUUACAUGCUAUUUCCGGGCACAUUGAGAAUGCCGGGGAAUCUGUUGUUGGUGUUAAUUAUGGUAAUCAAGCUCAUAAGCUUUCAAUUGUUUAAUGUAUUUUAAAUCCUGAAUUCACACCCCUCAUGGAUAGGAAUUGGUUAGAUAUUUUAGUGCCACAAUGGCGUGCUAUGUUCACUGGUUCAAUUCACAAAAUGUUAUCGUUACCUGUACCUUCUGUUGAUCAACUAAAACAGUUGUAUCCUAGGAUCUUUGAUGUGCAUAACGAUGUUGCUAUUCAAGGGUUUAAGGCCCGCUUAGUUCUUAAACCUAAUGCCACUCCUGUGCUUGCAAAGGCCUACAGUCUUGCUUUUGGUCUAGUUGAAACAGUUACUAAACUGCUUAAUGAGCUUGUAGCAUCGGGUAAAAUCAUCCCAGUGCGUCAUGCAGAAUGGGCUUCACCCGGUGUAGUUGUGCAGAAUAAGGAUAAGAGUGUGCUGAUGUCAAAAAAACUCUCAAUCCUCAGCUCAGAAUUGGUCACUAUCCUUUACCAAGACCUGAUGAUGUAUUUGCUAACAUGGCAGACGGUACCUAUUUUACCAGUCUAGAUCUCAAGGAUGCUUACCCCAGCCGAAAAUGAAAGGUCGAUUUGAUGUCGAUUCAAUGUCGACACCGUCGACAAUCUGGCGAUGUCGAUAGAGACAUCGAAAAUCGAUAAGUUUCGAGAGAGUCGAAAAUGUGUUUUUUACAAUGUGUAAACAACCUGGAACCAUCCCCACUGAGUUUUGACCUCUACUUCAUCGCUGAAACCUCAAAAUAACCCCUAGGUCGAAUCAACAUCGAUUAGAUGUCGAAAUAUUCCAUGCAUCCUUAUAUAUCGUGAAGUCGUCGUGGGAUGUCAGAGGGAAGUUUUGAAGGCCUGAGACCCAUUUUCGAUCGGUUGUGCAUACUCUAGGAGUUUCGACGAGCAUUUUGUUUUUUGUCAUCGUGUGUGGUCCAAGAUAUUCUAGAAUAAAGUCUGAAGGAAUGUUAUAUACUCAUAUUUCAAACAAAACUUACAUUUUGAAGAUGCCUGAAAAGAGUUUUUGACUCUGCCCCUUUUAA